AUGACGGAGAAGCCGUUACAAAACACCAGCCCGAGUGGCUGGAUUAUCCAGAAGUUUGGCGGUACCAGCGUUGGAAAGUUCCCCGACAAAAUUGCGGAUGGUAUUAUUCGGCCAUAUCUUGCGCAGCACAAGGUCGUUGUCGUCUGUUCAGCCAGGAGUACGGGCAAGAAAGUGACCGGAACCACGAGCCGGUUACUUGAGGUGUUCGACAGGCUACGAGAUAUUGCGGCCGCGGCCAGCAACGAGAGCGCUCAGAACGAGCUCAUCGGGCGUGCCAAGGUGAUCGUGCAGGACAUCUGUAAUGAGCACAUUGUUGCUGCCAAUUCCUUUGUGCGGGAUGAUGAUCUCAAGACAGCCAUAAAGGCCGAGAUCCAGAACGAGUGCCAAUUACUCAUUGAGUACCUCGAAGUUGCGAAACGGUUUAACCUCGAAAUCAAUUCGAGGGCAAAGGAUCGAGUUGUCAGCUAUGGCGAGAAGCUCAGCUGCAGGUUCAUGGCCUGCCUGCUCAAGGAUAGGGGCGUUGAUGCUGAAUAUGUCGACCUAUCGGAUAUUCUCCACAGCGAAACACCAGCACGCUUGGAUGCUGCGUUCUACAAACAGGCCACGUCUAUAUUCAGGAAAAAGAUGCUGGCCUGCGGGGACCGCGUACCUGUCGUCACCGGGUUCUUCGGCAAUGUACCGGGGAGCCUCAUUGACGGAGAUAUAGGCCGCGGUUAUACCGACCUUUGCGCAGCCCUGAUUGCCGUUGGCCUGAAAGCCGAGGAACUCCAGAUAUGGAAGGAGGUCGAUGGCAUCUUCACCGCAGAUCCGACAAAAGUGCCCACCGCGAGGCUUAUUCCGACCAUUACCCCCUCUGAAGCAGCCGAGCUCACCUUUUACGGCUCAGAGGUCAUCCACCACCUGACGAUGGACCAGGUGAUCAAGGCGGUGCCCCCUAUCCCGACGCGGAUCAAGAACGUGAAGAAUCCCCGCGGCGAGGGGACCAUCGUCAAGCCAGACCCGGCCCAGGCACCAGACCAACGGAUCCAGCGGUCGAGGCAACCCUCAGAUCCGUCACUACGCAAGAAGCCAAAGCGACCUACUGCGGUGACGAUCAAGGACAAGAUCUCCAUCAUCAACAUCCACUCGAACAAGCGUUCGAUAGCCCACGGCUUCUUCGCCCGUGUCUUCUCCAUCCUCAACCAGCACCAGGUCUCGGUCGACCUGAUUUCCACCAGCGAGGUCCACGUCUCGAUGGCCGUCCACACGCCCAACUCCGAGUUCGGCAACUUUGACAACGCCGUCAAGGACCUGGCUGACUGCGGCGACGUCAGCGUCCUCCACGACAUGGCCAUCCUGAGCCUGGUCGGCGCCGAGAUGAGGAACAUGAUCGGAAUCGCGGGGAAGAUGUUCUCCACCCUCGGAGAAUAUCGGGUGAAUCUCGAGAUGAUAUCGCAAGGUGCAAGCGAGAUAAAUAUCUCCUGUGUGAUCGAUGCGAGGGACGCUGAGAGGGCAAUGAAUAUCUUGCAUACACACCUCUUUACAUUUCUAGAGUGA